AAUAUAUACACAUGUAUAUGCAAGUAAAAAUGCGCAGUUUAUUUGCCAUGCGAUGUGGUUAUUAUACAACCAAUAACCUUCGUUUCUACAGCACUGCAAAGGUGAAGGUGCCUGUAAGGCAAGGCAUUGUUGUUGGCACACAAGAAAAGCUGCCUAAUGGCGUAGUGUACAGCAAUUUCUUGGGCGUUCCCUAUGCAGAACCACCCGUGGGAGAGCUGCGUUUUCGGAGCCCUGUGCCGUUGGAACGAUUCAAGGAAAACGAGUUGGACUGCAGUAAAGAAGGCGACGUCUCGCAUCAGCGCGAUCCGCUCAAGCAGCAAGUGAUUGGUUCCGAAAACUGUCUAUUCCUCAAUGUCUAUGUGCCCAAGAGCAAGUCGAAGAAACCUCUGCCCGUCAUGGUCUGGAUUCAUGGUGGAGGCUUCUGGUUUGGUAGUGGUAACCGAGAUUAAUAUGUAUCUAAUCUUACCUUGAUCUUUUCCUAUUUACAGUUACAAGAGGAGGUCAUUGUGGUUACCCUAAACUAUCGUCUCGGAGCCUUGGGAUUUCUCAGCCUACCAGAAGCAGGCAUCUAUGGCAAUGCGGGUCUGAAGGAUCAACGUUUGGCCCUGCAGUGGGUGCACGAUAACAUUGCCAACUUCAAUGGUGAUCCUCAGAAUGUUACCCUCUUCGGGGAGAGCGCUGGAGCAUCUUCUGUUCAUAUGCAUAUGUAUGGAGCGCAUGCCAGCAAACUGUUCCACAAGGCCAUCAUGCAGAGUGGCACAGGUAAUUCGGAGUGGGUACUACAGGAAAAUGGAUCCUUUAAAGCACGAUGUUUGGGUGAACUGCUGUAUGGAAAGAAAAUAGAGAACGAUAGCAAAUUGCUUGAAUUUUUGCAAUCGGAAACGGCGACUCCAUUGGCGAUGCUAAGCAAAACUUUGGAUGUGCUGACUGCUGAUGAGCGUCGUCGUCAUCUGCCCUUUUCCUUCAAGCCAGUUGUGGAGGAUCCAAGGUGUCCAGAUAGCAUGCUAAACAAGCCCUUCCUUGAUCUGUUGCAUGACAGGAAGAGAUUGCCUAAUAUGCCCGUGCUAUUAGGUUACAAUUCGGCAGAGGGCAUAGUUCUGAUUAGAAAUCCCAAGAAAAAUGUGGAAAUCUUUGAUAAGGAUAUGGCACGCUUAGUCCCACGUAACCUGGUUGAGGAUCCAGGGGCGCCCGAGGCGUUCGAAGCAGCGGAAGACAUACGACAAUUUUAUUUUAAUGGAAAGUCGCUCACGAUGGAGUGCCUCGAUAAUCUAGUGGACUUGCUCGGCGAUGUGCACUUCAUUCUCGAUCUUCAGCACACAGCAGAGAUUUACGCAAAUUACCAGAAGGCGCCCUUCUACUUCUAUCGCUUCGACUAUGUAGGCGGACGGAAUAUAUACAAAAAGGCAUUUAAUGCGGACAAACUGCGUGGAGCCUCGCACGCCGAUGAACUGUCCUACCUAUUCCAAUGGUAUAAUGAUAAGUCUCCCUUAACUGCAGAUGAUGCUCAGAUUUCGAAAAGUAUGGCCGGGAUGUGGGCUAACUUUGCGAAAUAUGGCAAGCCAGCGGAUAAUUGGACACCAGUUCAGAAGCAAAAUAGAAAUGCGACAGGAAUUCUCGAUGCUUAUCAAUUGGAUUAUAUGCAACUAGAUCGAGAGUGUAAAAUGCGGCUGAAUCCAGAUGGGGAACGUAUGGAUUUUUGGCGUAGUAUGUAUAAAAGAUAUAAGCCGCAAUGCUAUGAAGAGUUGAUAGCCAAAUUGUAA